CAUUACAACCCUGCACUCAGCGAAAGCCGGAAAGCAGAGAAAACAGAAAACAAGUGACCGUCGAAGUGGCGCCCGGCUGAUGAAAGUCGUCCGGGUCGCUCCGGCUGUCAGACGCAUCCAGAGCAGGCCACCGAACCACCGAAAUGUGAUAAACACUCACGAAGACGCCGAAAAUCGCAAAAUCUCCUCGAAUACGCUGUGCGCACACUAGAAAUCCAACAAACGUGCAGUGAACAACAUGAAAACAUAAGGGAAACAUAGAAGAUACAGUUGAAAGGAGAAAACAUGCCGUCAAAGUAGCACAGCAACACAUGUUAAGAAGGAAAAAUGUUAAAGUUUGGCUCUCGAGGUGACAGUAACAUUGUGCACAAAUGCACUGUGCGGCUGCUCGAAGACACGGAGAUUUUAGAAUGUGAAUAUAAGCCUCAUAGUAAAGGCAAAUAUCUGUUGGAUUAUGUCUGUCAACAAUUGAAUCUUGUUGAACAGGAUUACCUAGGACUGAGAUAUGUUGAUAUCAAUGAACAAAGACACUGGUUAGAUCUUGGCAAAUCCAUCGCCAAACAAGUGAAAGAUCUGGAUCCAGUGCUAUUUAGUUUCCGUAUUAAGUUUUACCCGCCGGAUCCUUUUAAGGUGAAGGAGGAGAUCACGCGGUAUCAGUUAUUUUUACAAGUGAAGCGCGAUCUCCUCCAUGGGCGCUUGUAUUGUGUGCCGAAUGAGGCGGCGCAGUUGGCUGCCUACAUUGUGCAGUGGGAGCUUGGCGAUCAUGAUCCAGAAAUCCACUAUGGAAAUUAUGUCAGCGACUUGCGCAUCCUCAUCAAACAAACCGAGGCCAUUGAAGAAAAAGCAAUGGAGAUCCAUCAGAAACAACUGAAAGGGCAGACGCCCGAGCAAAUGGAGAAUAUGUUUAUGAAGCUAGCGGCGCAGUUAGACACCUAUGGCAUUGAUCCGCAUUCGGUGAAGGACCAUAAGAGCUCGCAACUUUAUUUAGGGAUUAACUACAGUGGGAUAUUAACGAUUCAGGGCUCGAAAAAGACUCACCACUUUCGGUGGCUGGAUAUCCAGAAGAUUAACUAUGAGGGGAAGAUGUUUAUUAUACAUUUGAAUUAUAACGAUAAGAAACACACCGUAGGUUUCAAAUGUCCCACAGGCGCUGCCUGCAGACAUGUGUGGCGCUGUGCAAUGGAACAAAUGUUGUUUUUUACGUUAAAUAAGAGUUCCGACGCGCCGAUUGUUUCCGGCGGUGGAUUUUUCUCCUGGGGCACAAAGUUCAAGUACACCGGGCGCACAGAAAAAGAAAUUCGCGAAGACACCAAUUCACCUGACAGAGAAGAGCCGAACAUCCAGCGCACGGCGAGUCUGCGCCGCAAGGCGUCUUCAGUUCCGGCCACGCCUUCCACACCCCUCCAGCCACAUCUUGGUUACAAUAAUCUAACGCGCUCCAGUCAUUCGGACGCUGGUGGAUCACGCAUGGAGCCCUGUUCUUCAUCUGGUUUAUGCUCCGGUCUCGACGGACAAAUCUACGCUGACGUCGCAGGUCUUGAAACAGUUUGUGAGGAUCAGGAAGGAUCUGGCAUGACUAAACUACGUACAACCGUCCUGAAAGACGAUUCGAUGGACCGGUUCAGCGAUUACUACUUCCGCGAUUCCUUCGAGCACUCCUCUAGUGAAUCGCAGUUGAAUCUAGCGUCGUUUGGUAGGUCUAGCGUGUAUGAACCGACGACAGCGCGCUCUAGUCGUAGUCAAACGCCGCUGCUAUCGCACUCCACUGUCGAUGGGCGCGCAUGCGUGCCGAACAAUCAUGGCGCAGCGAAGGCAGCGCCAACUACACCACGCGGCGGGCGGAGAUUUAACGUUGUCAAAGCAUUCGUGCCGUCAUUCGUCAUCGUCACCACACUUGUACUAGCAUCAACCAUCGUACUCAUGGAGAGCGAAAGCGAUGCACUCACUGGUCUACGCGCGACACCGGAGAUCAACUCGUUAAGGUAUCAGGUGUACGAGCCGUUGAAGCAGUACAUUCGGGCGAUUUGGGCGAGACUUUUCUCCUAACCACCAACAAUCAGCCCAAAGACAAGAUGUCGGCGGUUUUUAGAUAUAGGUUAAAUUCAUUCCGAGUCUUAGAUUAUAUUUUAGCUUGAAGCGCCCUCUACGUUUAACUAUUGUAAGCCUAGCUGACAAUUUUGAACCUAACUUGCCAAAGGAAACUAACUCAAAUAUUUGAAUCUGCGCAGAAACGAUGGGAACAAGAGCACACACACAAAACACACUGAUUACUUAUAUACUUAAAUGAUAUCCUAGUGAAAUUGAAUUACCAUUUGAUUAGUUGAAUGAUUAGCUGCGAUUUUGCAAACACUUGUUGAUGAUGCAACAACAACGAAACCAAACAAAACUAAAUUAACGAACGCAAGCGAGCGAUUAUUUUCGUACCGUACCUGCCUGAUAAAGUGGGAACGAAAUUAGAUUGAUUGUUACCAUGUUUAUAAAGGUGAGAUAAGGAGAGAACACGCAUUUGCAUUGAGAUUUAUCAAUACUAUGUAAUUAAUUAGCGACUUAAUUAGCUAGGCGAUAACGUCGGCAAAUGUCCUACAUGAAAACAUUCAAGAUGGCGGAGUAACUAAACGUUGCAAUUUUGCGUAGUCCAAACGCCGUCAAAAACGAUGCAAUUAGUGAUAUAACAUUAAUUACGAUAUUAACUAAUUAAUCUUUGAAUCUCUACGAAUUAAGACAACAAAUGAGCAAACACACAAAAAAACGCAAAACCAACAUUUAUAAAUCUAAUAUAUAUGAUCCCAUUUUUUAACCUCUAAAAAAAAACUCUAAAGUAAACAGAAAACAAAACACGCUACAUAUACAAGAGAACACUGGGCCAGUUUGCUGAUCGCCCAUUGUGUUAUACCUGUACAUACAUAACAACUAGCGAUAUUAACUAUAAUGGCAGAAAGUUUAAAUGAAAUUUCAAACAAAGCAAUAA